AUGGUGGACGGCAAGUACGGCCCAGACGUAUCUUUAAAUGAAUUCAUCAGAAAUGUGGCGGACUACAGAGGGACGAAGGCGAUGUGUCAUGAAGGCGGUUGUGGUGCGUGUGUAGUCGCAGUAAGGGCGCCAUUACCACCGAACAACGAAGUCAAAUUGUUCUCAGUUAAUUCUUGCCUCGUAUCUGUAUUGUCCUGCCAUGGUUGGGAGGUGACAACAGUGGAGGGCGUCGGCAACAAGACCAUGGGUUAUCAUGACAUCCAAGCUCGGUUGGCUAAGUUUAACGGCACCCAAUGCGGGUACUGCACUCCUGGAUGGAUUAUGAAUAUGUACAGUCUCUACGAAUCAAAAAAGAAAAACUUAUCAAUGAAAGAGAUAGAAAACUCCUUUGCCAGUAAUAUCUGCAGAUGUACAGGAUACAGAUCAAUCGCUGAUGCAUUUAAGAGUUUCGCUACAGAUAUCGACGAUAGACUCAAAAAUAAACUUAUUGACCUUGAAGACCUGGAUUUUGUUAAACCGUGCGGAGUAAAUUGUAAAACAAAAUGUCAACAUAAAUGUGACAAAAAAGACUCAAAACCUGACGAAAAUAAGGAAACAGACGAUUGGUUUGUAGUAGAUGAAACAAACAAAAUUGUUGUUGACUGUGGAUCAACGAAAUUUUACAAGGUAUUCGAUUUAAAUGAUAUUUUCCAAGCAAUGGAACAUGGCGAAUAUAGACUGAUCGCUGGUAACACUGGACAAGGAGUAUUUCACGUUUCAAAUUACCCAUCUACUGUGAUAGACAUAUUCAACGUCGCAGUGUUAAAAGAAUACUCGAUGGAUGUCAACUUAAUUCUCGGAGCUGGAAUGCCGUUAACUGAAAUGAUGGAACUGUUUUUGAAGAUAUCUGGUGAAAAUGAGGAGUUUUCGUACCUGAAACAGUUUUAUGAUCAUAUGGACCUCGUUGCUCAUAUACCAGUGAGAAAUAGAAUCGGAGACGAGUGA